AUGAGCUCCCCUUCUGUAAGGAAGAGCCUCGAUGCCAAUGAGGCCAUCGACUCUGAGAAGUCUCUGGAGAUCCCUCAGAAUAGGCAAGAUGCUUUCGGUGACGAAGAGUUCGCCGAGGUCAAAUAUAAAGUGCUGAAGUGGUGGCAAUGCGGACUGUUGAUGGUCGCCGAAACCGUGUCGCUAGGCGUGCUUUCGCUGCCCGCCGCCGUCGCGGGUCUGGGUCUUGUCCCUGCGAUUCUCGUCCUACUUUUCUUAGGCUCUCUGGCCACAUACACCGGCUACGUGAUUGGGCAGAUGAAGUUGAAAUACCCUCAUAUCUCGACAAUGGCAGACGCCGGUGAGGUGAUUGGAGGCAAAUGGGGUCGAGAACUCGUCGGCGGUGCCUGGACUAUCUUCUUUGUCUUCAUCAUGUCCAGCCAUCUGUUGACGUUCACCGUUGCCAUGAACACCAUCACCGAUCACGGAACUUGCUCCGUUGUCUUCGGUAUCGUUGGCAUGCUCAUUUCCUUUAUCUUGUCACUGCCUCGCACCCUCGUCAAGAUGUCAUGGCUGUCUCUAGUUUCAUUCGGAAGUAUCAUGGCCUCAGUCAUUAUCGUCAUGAUCGCGGUCGGUAUCACCAAGCCUGGUAGCGGCGUCGUCGCAGUCGUCGACACAGACCUGUACCAUGGCUUCUCUGCCGUGUGCAACAUUGUCUUCGCCUUCUGCGGCCACGCCGCAUUCUUCGGCUUGAUGGCCGAGUUGAAGAACCCCAAGGACUUCACCAAGUCCCUCUGCCUGCUGCAGGGUAUCGAUAUGGGCCUGUACAUCACCGCUUCUCUGGUCAUCUACCGCUAUGCCGGAAGCGAUGUUACUUCCCCAGCACUGGGUUCAGCUUCACCAGUUGUAGCCAAGGUUGCAUACGGUAUCGCCUUGCCUACUAUCAUCAUCGCCGGUGUCAUCAACGGCCACGUCGCCUUCAAGUCCGUCUACCUCCGCAUCUUCUCGGGUACAGACCGCAUGCACAAGCGUGACUGGAUCGCCUGGGGUUCGUGGGUUGGCAUUGCCCUCGCCAUGUGGGUUCUUGCCUGGAUUGUUUCCACCGCCAUCCCGGUGUUCAGCAACCUCCUCACUUUGAUCACUGCCCUGUUCGCUAGUUGGUUCACAUACGGCUUCAGCGGUAUCUUCUGGCUGUACAUGAACAAGGGCCUUUGGUUCUCUUCCCCCAAAAAGAUUGCUCUGACUGCCUUGAACGUGACUAUCGUUGCCAUCGCUGCUGUGCUGUGUGGCCUCGGUCUCUGGGUUUCUGGGAAAGCACUCAGCGCCGACAACAGCUCCGCAAGUUUCUCUUGCGCGAACAAUGCUUGA